GAGAGAGAGAGAGUCCAUGAUCGAAUGAUGCUAUAUAUCUUGCAUAUUGAAGCUCAUCGAUCUGUUCCCAGCAUUAAUCUGCAAAGUGAUGUAACUCUAGUGGUUUUGUUUAUCUUGUUUACUCAUACUCAAUAUUUCAAGCUAAAUAACUUUGUUCUUUUCUUGUUUAGUCUCAGCUGUAGACAUACAGAUUCCCAGUAAUUAAAAAAGUCAUGAUGAAUAAGAAGAUAUUGACAACACUGUCAAUAAUUACGAUCAGCCAGAUAUGGUGGUGGGCUUGUGUGAGUGCAGACCCGCAGAUCAAUCUUCUGAACGAGGGUUGCAGCCAGUACAACGCAACCAGCCUGUCCAACUUCUAUACCAAUCUCAACGCCACUUUCUUGGACCUCAAAGCGCAACUACUCAACGGCAGCAAACACUUUGCAACGGCGCAACAGGCCAAGGGCUCCGACCCCGUCUACGCCAUGACGCAGUGUAGGAACUACCUCUCCUCCGCCGACUGUCUAUCUUGCUUUGCCGCCGCCGUCUCCCAAAUCCGCAACUGCUCUGCCUCCAAUGGCGCACGCGUCGUCUACGACGGCUGCUUCCUCCGGUAUGAGAGCAGUGGUUUUUUUGACCAGACUGUAGCUACCCUUCCUGGUAAUGUAGGACUCUGUGGGAAUCAAACUGGAUCGCCUGCUACAACCUUUACUGCAGCUGCUGAAGAACUUCUAAUGGAUCUUCAAGUUGCUACGCCCAAGAUUAAUGGCUUCUUCGCAGCAUCUAAGGAGGUAGUUAGCAGUAGUGGAAACACAACAGUCUAUGGUGUGGCACAAUGUGCCGAGACAACUACCGUAACUGGUUGCCAAGAUUGUUUGAAGGUGGCAUACACCAAUGUACAGAGUUGCCUUCCCGAUACAGAGGGUAGAGCAGUUGAUGCCGGUUGUUUCUUGAGGUACUCUGCUACUUCUUUCUUCCCAGAUAACCAGACUACUAAUAUCACACCUUUCUUAGAGAAAGGAGGUAAUUCAAGAAAGAAGGCCAUCAUCAUUGGAGUAGUGGUUGGAGGUGUAGGUCUUAUUUUACUCAUUGUUGGAGUUUUGAUCUAUUUCAAACUUUCAAGGAAGCCCAAGACGGUUCGUAGAGGAGACAUAUUGGGAGCAACCGAGUUGCAAGGUCCAGUGAAUUAUAAGUAUAAAGAUCUGAAGUCGGCAACAGCAAAUUUUAGUGAUGCAAAUAAGCUAGGAGAAGGAGGAUUCGGGGACGUCUACAAGGCAACUCUAAACAAUGGGAAAACAGUUGCAGUAAAGAAACUAGCUAUAGUCCAAUCAGACAGGGCAAUGACAAGUUUCGAAAAUGAAGUCAAGCUUAUAAGUAAUGUACAUCACCGGAAUCUAAUUCGCCUUCUUGGAUGCUGUAGCAAAGGACCAGAAUUACUUCUGAUAUAUGAAUACAUGGCAAACAACAGUCUGGACAAAUUCUUAUUUGGUGAGAAAAGAGGCUUUCUAAACUGGAAGCAAAGGAAUGAUAUAAUCGUCGGUACAGCUAGGGGUCUAGCCUAUCUACAUGAGGAAUUCCAUGUAUGUAUCAUACAUAGAGAUAUAAAAACCAGCAACAUUCUCUUGGAUGAUGGUUUUCAGCCAAGAAUUGCAGAUUUUGGGUUGGCAAGGCUUUUACCCGAGGAUCAAACUCAUCUUAGUACCCGAUUUGCAGGAACAUUAGGAUACACAGCACCUGAAUAUGCAAUCCAUGGUCAAUUGUCAGAAAAGGUGGAUACCUAUAGCUAUGGAGUAGUAGUCCUUGAAAUUGUAAGCGGCCAAAAGAGCAGUGAAAUCAAAUCUGAUACUAUGGGUGAAUUUCUCCUCGAAAAGGCCUGGAAACUCUAUGAGAACGGCCAGCACUUGAAGUUGGUCGAUGAAACAUUGGAUCCCAACGAUUAUGAAGCAGAAGAUGUGAAAAAGAUAGUUGAGAUUGCUCUAAUGUGCACUCAAUCAUCACCUGCUCUAAGGCCAACAAUGUCUGAAAUUGUUGUUUUACUCAAAAGCACAGGCUCUUGGGUAAAUAGGCCGCUUACUAGGCCUGUGUUUGUUGAUUCUGACCAUAAAAGAGUACGGGUGGACACGUCAACUUCUACUGGUUCCUCAUCAUCCAAUGCUACCGCAUCCAUCUCUCAACUUUCAGGUCGCUAAACUUUGUGGGAAGACGGUGUGUGUGUGUGUGUGUGUAAUGGAACUGCAUGUACAUAUAUAUGGGUGCCGGUUUAUUCUCUUCAAACUUAGGGGUUUCGAUUUAAAAUUCUGUAUCCGUAUUUGAAAAUAGUCUUCAACAAUUUUGGCUAUUAGUGAGUUUCCUCACCAUGUUUUGUCUAGAAAUUAAAGCCUAAUGGCUGAACUAUGUAAAUAUUUUGCACUUGCUGUGAUUGCUGUGAAAUUAUAUGUUUUA